CGGCGGCGGCGGCCGCUGACGUCUCGACCAUGGCCGAGUUCGCCGAGGGCGGCGCGAGCCUGGGCUCCAACGGCGCCAACGGUGCCAACGGCAACGGGCGCGGCGCGAGCCGGCACGAGAAGAGCCUCGGGCUGCUCACCACGCGCUUCGUGUCGCUGCUGCAGGAGGCCGAGGACGGCGUGUUGGACUUGAAGCAGGCUGCUGAUAUACUUGCAGUGAGACAGAAAAGAAGAAUCUAUGAUAUCACCAAUGUAUUAGAAGGAAUUGGCUUGAUUGAGAAGAAAUCAAAAAACAGCAUUCAGUGGAAGGGUGUUGGUCCUGGUUGCAAUACAAAGGAAAUCAUUGAUCGACUGAGAUACCUAAAGGCAGAGAUUGAAGAACUGGAAACAAAGGAAAAAGAGCUAGAUCAACAGAAAAUAUGGCUACAGCAGAGUAUUGAAAACAUAACUGACAAUACACACAAUAAUAGAUUGGCAUAUACAACUCAUGAAGACGUCUGCAAUUGCUUUCAAGGUGAUACACUUCUUGCCAUCCAGGCCCCUUCUGGUACACAACUUGAAGUUCCAACUCCUCAACUGGGACCAAAUGGACAAAAAAAAUACCAGAUUAAUUUGAAGAGUCAAUCAGGACCUAUUCAUGUUCUUCUCAUUAAUAAAGAGUCCAAGUGCUCGAAGCCUGUUGUAUUUCCAGUUCCUCCACCAGAUGACCUAAUGCAGCCACAACAAGGUAUUGGGCUGCCAUCAACCUCUCAAAAAUUCCCUUUGUCUCCACCAUCAAACCAAAUUCCCUCAUUAAAGGAAUCGUAUGUUGCUCAGGUUCCACUAUCCAGACCACCAUCUGAUUGUGGCAUCCAGUUACCUAGCAUUGCACCAGAAGCCCCUUAUUCAAGUGCGGCAGACGCACCAGAGAUUUACAGAGGGGCGACAACUGAAUCACUACAGAACAUUCGGGAGCAAAAUGGAUUACAGUCACUGCUUCCAGUAGAGGUUGGGAGCCUUCUCAAGCAUCCACCAACAUCAUAUGAGCAAAUAAAGACUGAAGAGUCAAGUGCUACUAUUGAUGGAGACAUAAUGGAUGAAUUCAUAUCAUCAGAUGUGUUUCCGCUUCUUCGACUUUCUCCCCCACCAGUUGAUGAAUACAGUUUCAACCUGGAUGAAAAUGAAGGUGUCUGUGAUCUUUUUGAUGUACAGAUUUUGAAUUGUCGAUUUUAAUCAAUGUAACACACAUUCCAGGAUGUCUAAUCUACCUCUGGACCACCAGUUCAGCCUUCAGAAACUACAUUAUUCUAAUUGUGAAGUUCUGUACAGCGUUUUCAAGCAAAAGUUUAAGGUUUCUGAACUUGUGUCCUUUUUGUAUGUUUAAGUCUUGCAUAGGCAUUUUUAUACAAUGGUUUAGUUUGUUUUAUAACACUGCCACGUGGUACACACAAUAGAAUAUUUUAUAAUGAAUGUGAUACUGCCAAGGACUAGUCUCCUUUAAUGUUAUUUACAAAGGUAUUUUGCUUCACUAAUUACUUUUCUACAGCCUUGGGUGGCAGAAAAAAGAAUGUUUUUUUUAAUACACUGCACAUUUUUGUAAGUGCCUUUUGAUUCUUGCACUUUAGGAGAAUUUUUUGUCUUGUAAUAUAAUGACAGGGACACCUGCCUCACAUUAGAACUGAUUUAAGUAGUCUCCUAAUGUGCUGUUAGUUGACCACAGGGUGUGUUUUUCUAUAAGAGUAUUAGACCAAUUUCACUACUAUUAAUCCAGCACAUUUUCAGAUCAAAGGUUGAAGUAUGUAUUAGAGAAGGAUAGUUAAAAGCUGAAAGCUCCCAACAGACCUAACAAUAUCCAUCUGGAAUAUUUUUGUCAUUUCUGCAAAAUAAAUCUAUUGGCGAGUAAAAUUCACAGUAAUAUGGUUAAUUUGAUUGGAUUAUAACAUAGGCAGUAAAUGGAUUUUUGUUUUGGUAGUUUAUUGGUAAUUAUGCAAAUAAUUAUGCAUCCUAUCUCCUCCAACUUUCUGUUGGAUUUGUGAAUUAACUUUGAUUACCAGUUGGUCUAAGUGACUGUUUGGGCUUAACUACUUUGUACAUCUCGCAGAAUGUUUACAUUUGCAUUUUUAUACAUGGAUAAAGUUGUCCAUUGGAGUGCCUAUAGUGUAGAAUUACAAGCAAGAACGUUCUUUGUACUAUUCCGUUUUUAUAUUGACCAAAGUUGUGUUCUUUUUUUUAAAUAAAAGGUACAAAAGAUAAAACUUUCA